AUGGCGAGGUGUGUUUGCAUCUCUGUUGAUGGGAAGGCCAAGGCUUGGCCUGAGAGAAUGCAAGACCCAAGGGAUGAUGAUUUCUCAGUGCCAAAGUUGCAUAAGAAGAAGGUUGUCUACCGACCACUGCCAUCAGGCCAGCUCAAAGGUGAACCUGAACUGCUGCGGAGAGAGGUUCCACAGUCAUCAGGCAUGGUCCAAAAGCCACCCAAAAGAAGCUUGAAGGUUGAGCCUCACACGUCCCCUUCUGACAGAGGGACUCCAGAUUCCCUGCCAGAAUCUGGUCCUACCGAUGAAUACCGGGCGUUACGGAGGAAGUACCUGAUGCUGGAGGAAGAGAACUUUGCAUUGGACAAAGAACUGAGCAUGGAAGAGGAAGAAAUGAAGGCCCUAGAGGAUGAAAAGCUUGCACUGCUUGAUCAGCUUGUUGUCUUGGAAGGCCUUGUCGAGCCGUCCCAGCGUAGGCCGUGA